CUAGAUUUAGUUAUCAACGAGUAUUUGGCAAAAUCCUGAGAGUCACUCAGUUUUAUCUCACUCAAAUCGAUUUCAAAACUUCAAACGUCUGAGAAUUGUAAGAUUAAGAUGCAGUGUAAGAACAUCAUAAAUCUCGUCUUUAUCUGUACUUCGAUGUUCUUUGGAGGACUCUCCCUCUCCUUACUUUCUCCUUUCUACCCUCACGAGGCCCUGAAGAAGGGUGUAAGUGUUACAAAAUCUGGUCUAGUGGUUGGGGCAGUUUUCAUAACAACAGUUCUCUGCACACCUUUAUGCGGCAAAUUUAUUCAAAAGUUGGGAGCUAAGAACUUGCUAAUUAUUGGAUCUAUAAUCUGUGCACUAGGAAAUAUACUGUUUGGAUUUAUUGGUUAUGUUGAAGAACAAACUCUGUUUUUCGUUCUCUCUGUUCUCACAAGAAUAUUUACAGCUGUAGGAGAAGCAGCAAUAACAGCUACUUGCUACCCUCUAGCUGCUUACCAAGUUUCAAAACAAAAUGAGGGAAAAGCAAUGGCGGUUGCGGAAGCUUUUUUUGGAGUUGGUACGAUGCUGGGGGCAUCUGUUGGUGGUAUUUUGUACGAUCUGGCAGGAUUCUCAAUUCCUUUCUAUGUCUGUGGAGGAAUACUGUUAGCCUCCACACUGAUAUCCAUCUGCUGCUUUGAUGAUACAAAUGUGAUUCUAGAGUCUGGAAACAAUACUAGAGAUGUUACUUGGGUUGAGGUGCUAAGCUGUCCAGGUUUGUUUAUUGGAUUGUUUGGAUUAAUCUUCGCUGGAUGUGCUAGAUCUUGGUAUGCGGCCUCCCUGGAACCUUUCUUAAACAAAAAGUUUGGUUUGACCUCCGGACAGUGUGGUUUAGUCUUUAUGGCUCCCGGUCUUACAUACACAAUAUUUACACCCAUUUUUGGCAUUUUUAUAGAUCGUGGAUUUCACAGCAUGAAGGUUAUGAUCAUUGGCAACGUAGUAAUCCUUCUCUCCUUCUUUUUUAUGGGACCCAUUCCUCAGCUUGAGACUUUAGGUUCAAACCUCUGGUUAACUGUACUUUCUAUUGGAGUUCAAGGACUAGGAACAGCAGGAACAUUCUUAGGGGCUCUUCUUCUUAUGAUGAAAGGAACUGGACUUGGUGGACUGCCUGACACUGAGCAAGUGAAAGGAAUGGUAUCAAGCCUAUGGCUCCUGGGAGUUUGCUUAGGAAGCUAUAUUGGAGCAACCAUUGGGAGUGCGGUCUUUGAUCAUUUUAGCUUUGAAGAAAGUACUUUCUUCGAAUGCUGUUUAAUGGCGCUAAAUAUUGGAGUCUUGUUGGCUGUUUUUAUAAGUCAAAGAGUAAGCAUAUCCUUAAAGUAUGAAAAUGAUGAUAGACAGCCAAUACUGUUCAGAGAGGAGACAAUUAGCAGGGAGGAAGAAGAAAGAAUCUGCGGAGAAUAAUCAGCUGAAUAAUGAACUUCACAAUAAAUCGCUUUCUGUUUUGUAUUUUCCUGCAAUAAAUUGUUGAAUUAAA